GCUCCCACCCUUUCCCUCUCUCCUCCACUGCGGUCCAUUGCCUGCAGGCAGAGUUCAAGUUCAGUCCUAGCUUUUGCUCUGGAUUUAGAAAAAGGAGAAGGGGUGGGAGAAUUGGAGGGAGCCGGCUGGUCGGGCGAGGCCCAGGGGAGGCGGAGAGAGGUGGCCUCUGAUUGGUUGGGGAGGGGGAGUGGAGGCACGGAGUUUCCCACAAUGCCCCGGUGCGGUGCAGCCGCGGAUGGAUGCUGCGGGAAGGGGCUGCCAUUUGCUGCCCCUGCCAGAGGCGCGCGGACCUGCCCGCGCUCCCGCCGCCUCCAGCGCCCUCAGCCCGGCCGGCCUCUGCAGCGGCACCGCCUCGGCUUCUUCCGCGGCCGCCGGAGCGGUCGCCAUGAACCCCAGCUCCUCGGCGGGAGAGGAGAGAGGGGCGACGGGCGGUAGCAGCAGCAGCGGAAGCGGCGCCGGGAGCUGCUGCCUGGGCGCCGAGGGCGGCGUGGACCCGCGGGGUGCAGGGGCAGCGGCGGCUGCUGCCUUGGAGGAGCCCGCGGCCGCCGGACAGAAAGAGAAGGAAGAGGCGCUGGAGGAGAAGCUGAGGGACUUAACUUUCCGGAAGCAGGUCUCUUACAGGAAAGCCAUCUCCCGGACAGGCCUCCAGCAUCUGGCUCCUGCACAUCCUCUCGGUCUUCCUGUGGCAAACGGUCCAGCGAAGGAGCCCAGAGCGACUCUGGACUGGAGUGAGAAUGCUGUGAAUGGGGAGCACCUAUGGCUGGAGACCAACGUCUCGGGGGACCUCUGCUACCUGGGGGAGGAGAACUGCCAAGUCCGAUUUGCAAAAUCCGCUCUCAGGAGGAAGUGUGCUGUCUGCAAAAUUGUGGUCCACACAGCCUGCAUUGAGCAACUAGAGAAGAUUAAUUUCAGAUGUAAACCUACAUUUCGGGAAGGAGGCUCCAGAUCGCCAAGAGAAAACUUUGUGCGCCAUCACUGGGUCCACAGGAGGCGGCAGGAGGGAAAAUGUAAGCAGUGUGGUAAGGGCUUCCAGCAAAAGUUCUCCUUCCACAGUAAAGAGAUCGUGGCCAUCAGCUGUUCUUGGUGCAAGCAGGCGUUUCACAAUAAAGUGACCUGCUUCAUGCUGCAUCACAUCGAGGAACCCUGCUCCCUGGGGGCUCAUGCUGCUGUCAUUGUCCCGCCCACCUGGAUCAUUAAGGUGAAGAAACCUCAGAACUCCCUGAAGGCUUCCAACCGGAAGAAGAAAAGAACAAGUUUUAAAAGGAAAGCCAGUAAAAGAGGAACCGAGCAGGAAAACAAAGGUCGUCCUUUUGUGAUCAAGCCCAUCUCCUCUCCUCUCAUGAAGCCUUUGCUUGUCUUUGUGAACCCAAAGAGUGGGGGAAACCAGGGAACCAAAGUCCUACAGAUGUUUAUGUGGUACCUGAAUCCACGGCAAGUCUUUGACCUUUCUCAGGAAGGGCCAAAAGAUGCGCUGGAGCUGUACAGGAAGGUACCAAAUCUGCGAAUUCUGGCCUGCGGUGGGGAUGGAACGGUGGGCUGGAUCCUCUCCAUCCUGGACGAGCUGCAGCUGAGCCCACAGCCUCCUGUGGGGGUGCUUCCGCUGGGGACUGGGAACGACCUGGCUCGGACGCUCAACUGGGGAGGGGGUUACACCGAUGAGCCUGUUUCUAAGAUCCUGUGCCAGGUGGAAGACGGGACCAUCGUACAGUUGGAUCGCUGGAACCUCCAUGUGGAGAGAAACCCAGACUUGCCACCUGAAGAACUUGAAGAUGGCGUGUGUAAGCUCCCUCUGAAUGUCUUCAAUAAUUACUUCAGCCUUGGAUUUGACGCUCAUGUCACAUUGGAGUUCCAUGAAUCCCGAGAAGCAAAUCCAGAGAAAUUCAAUAGUCGUUUUCGAAAUAAAAUGUUCUAUGCGGGGGCAGCCUUUUCUGAUUUCCUACAGAGAAGUUCUAGAGAUCUAUCCAAGCACGUCAAAGUUGUCUGUGAUGGGACAGACCUCACCCCAAAGAUCCAGGACCUGAAGUUCCAGUGUAUAGUAUUUUUAAAUAUUCCCAGAUAUUGUGCUGGCACAAUGCCUUGGGGAAACCCUGGAGAUCAUCAUGACUUUGAACCCCAGCGUCAUGAUGACGGUUACAUUGAAGUCAUCGGAUUCACUAUGGCCUCUUUGGCUGCCCUGCAAGUCGGGGGCCACGGAGAAAGGCUGCACCAGUGUCGGGAAGUGAUGCUUCUGACGUACAAGUCCAUUCCCAUGCAAGUGGACGGGGAGCCAUGUAGGUUGGCGCCUGCUAUGAUUCGGAUCUCCUUGAGGAAUCAGGCCAACAUGGUACAGAAGAGCAAGCGGAGAACCUCAAUGCCUUUGCUCAAUGAUCCCCAGUCUGUCCCAGAUCGCCUGAGGAUCCGCGUGAACAAAAUCAGUUUACAAGACUAUGAAGGACUCCACUAUGACAAGGAGAAACUCCGGGAAGCGUCCAUCCCCCUGGGUAUUCUAGUUGUUCGUGGAGACUGUGAUUUGGAGACUUGCCGUAUGUACAUAGACCGCCUACAGGAGGACUUGCAGUCAGUUUCUUCUGGGUCACAGAGAGUUCAUUACCAGGACCAAGAAACUUCCUUCCCCAGGGCGAUCUCAGCUCAGAGGCUGUCCCCACGGUGGUGCUUCCUAGAUGCAACUUCUGCUGACCGCUUUUAUCGAAUAGACAGAUCUCAGGAACAUUUGCACUUUGUGAUGGAGAUUUCUCACGAUGAGAUUUUUAUUCUGGACCCAGACAUGGUGGUGUCACAGCAGGCAGGGACACCUCCAGGAAUGCCAGACCUAGUGGUUGAACAGGCUUCUGGGCUGUCUGACUGGUGGAACCCUGCCCUGAGGAAACGUAUGCUGAGUGACAGUGGGAUGAUCACACCCCACUAUGAGGACUCAGAUCUGAAAGACUUCAGCCACUCCAGAGUGCUACAGUCACCAGUCUCUUCGGAAGAUCAUGCAAUUCUGCAGGCAGUCAUAACUGGUGACCUUAUGAAGCUCAUGGAAAGCUAUAAGAACGGAGGGAGUUUAUUAAUUCAGGGGCCCGGGCACUGUUCCCUCCUUCACUACGCAGCCAAGACUGGCAAUGGGGAGAUCGUGAAGUACAUCCUUGACCACGGACCUGCGGAAUUACUGGACAUGGCAGACAGUGAAACGGGCGAGACUGCACUGCACAAGGCCGCCUGCCAAAGGAACCGGGCUGUAUGCCAGCUUCUGGUGGACGCAGGAGCAUCUCUGAGACAGACAGACUCCAAGGGAAAGACACCCCAAGAGCGAGCACAGCAGGCUGGGGACCCGGAUUUGGCUGCUUACCUAGAAAGCCGACAGAACUAUAAGAUCAUUGGCCACGAAGACCUGGAAACUGCUGUUUGACCCUGGUAGACAGUCAAGAAGAACUUGAUCAAGCGUAUCACCUGCGCCCUCCCAGCCACUGGGCAGCUCCCCUGGAAGAAGCUAACGGAAUCCAUAUCCGCCUCUCUCCCGCAAGGCUCUCUCUGAGAAAAUGCUAUCAGGUUUUAAGGGCUACGGGGAUGUACAACAGGACAUGAUAGCCCAUUGAGAAGGGGGCAGGCUACCGGAGAUUUGUGGAGUACACGUUCCACAAAAUCUGAUCCUUAUUGCUUCCAGCAAGUAGCAUGGACUUCUGUGUUCACCCCUCUAAUUUAUUUUAAAGAUUCUGAAGAUUUUCACUGCUCCCCCCUCCCUCUUGGCAUCCAUCUCUCCCCUGUACCUCAUAACUCUACUGUAAUCACCCAUCGACUUAGAAAACAUGCUCUCGUCUCUUUAUUUUCAGUCUUCCAACCACAACAUUGUCUAAAGGUCUUUGAAACCCUCCCGGAUGUCUUACAGAAAUAUAUCUAUGAAACCACUUCCAUUUGCAGACUAAAUAUACCAAGAGUAGCUAGUGGCUUUGCAUGUCCCCACCCCCACCCCCGGGUUUCAUCACAUAGGAGCUGGGAAGUGCCACGGGGCUAAUGUCAACUUGUGUGCUCUGUCUCUGGGGUACAGUGAGGUAGUAUGGGAGCUGUCUGUGCCUGAGGUACUUCACAGAUGUUACCCAGAGAUAGCUCAGGCGGCUGGGCUGUCAGUGACAGGAAGGACUGGUUCAGCUUGGGCUAUCUGUACAGCUCUGCACUGCCUGCGUGCAGCCGUCUUCGCCUUCUGCUGCAAUAGAGAUGAGCCAGGGAGGCAGUGAACCCCCAUAACUAGUUUACAGAGUCGUGUGAUUCUACGUGCUGUUUCAGUGGCAGGGUUGAACCUGUCUUGGGCAGCGGUUAUAGGAAAUGGAGCACUCAGAUGUUUAGUCCUAAUCUUCGUAAAGUGAUAACAGAAAGCAGUCUAAUCGACUUGAAAAACAUUGCAAAAAUGAAAGCAGCAGUGUAUGUCACAAUAGUACAGGAGAACAGCCUUUGGCAUUUGGGGCUGAGGCUAAUAGCUACAGGCUCAUGGAUACCGUGGCGAAAGGGAGUUUGUGUGUGUGAUUCUAAAAGUUCAGUUUUCAGGACAUCAAGGAAGGCUUGACCCAAGGAAGGCCACAUUUCACCAGGACCAUGGUCAGAUUCUCAGGACGCCUGGCCCUUCCUGGUCUGUGCUUCACCUAUGACUUUUUAGGUUCUGAGAUCAUGUCUGAUGACACCAUUUCCUGUGUGUUAGGGGGAAUCUAUUUUGCUCCUUUUCCUACUUUAUUUUCUCCUCUUACAAAUUUCUUAAUAUAGGCCACUGUGGCAGAAAUG